UAAAUAAGUACCAGAACUCAUUUCGCGCCUUGAAGUAGCUCUCACUGAUUACGUCAUAAUUAAUUGACAAUGAUACAAUUCGUCAUCAACGUUCUAGAACUUUCUAGACGCAUUGACGUCACGAAUGAUUAGCAAAUUAACUAAUUAAGUCUUAACUAAUUAGUAUUUAAGCCGUGACGUCGUCAAGUUAAUUAUCACUUGUUCAGUUGUUUUCACAGUUGCACGAGUGGUAAAUUGAGUCUGUGACUUAACAGUUUUGCGAUUGAAAAGUAUCUUGAGAUAUGAAAUUCCUGUUGAAGACUGCUCUGUUUGGAGCUACUGCUGUAGCAGUAGGCGUUACUGCCUACUGGGCGUGGAGUCAUUUCACCAAGCCAACUGAACCCGACUGUGAUUCAUCAGACGAUGAAAGUUGGGAAGAGGGUUGCGCUCAAGGGGAAAGCCAACGCCAGCCACCAGUGGCCCAGGCAUCCAAACCUCCAGAACCUAAAGAAGAGGACAAACCUCCAGGAAGGUCUGGAGACAAGCCAGAGAGCAAGGCAACAGAUGCCAAGAAAAAGAAACCAGAAUACGGAUAUUGUGGAUUCAAGAAAGGAUUCCUCCUUUAAUUCUUCUUUUUUUUACUUGUACGUGAAGACAUGCACGGACAGACACUACAAAAACAACCCAAAAAAAUCAAAAAAAUCGCAAAAAAAUAAUGUAAAACAAACGCUUAACAGCAAGAAUGUUAUGAGAGAGUUCGAAUGACAAACGAGGGUAGAAUGUUAACUUAAAAAUUUUAGAAUGUUAAAUUUAAUCAUAAUUCUAGACUUUUUUAAAUUGAUAGUCGAAAGGGUAGUGUGCAAAAUGUAGUGUCGUUAUUAGAAAAAAAUAGUGUCUGUCUGUUGCAUGUCUUCUCCCUUAAAACUGUAACUUCUUUUUUCCUAAACUCAAAUCUGGACCAAAAUUUAAUCUGUAUGUCAAAACAUUUUACACUUGUUUUUGUAAUAAAAUACCUUUAAAAGAAAAAAAAAUGUUGUGAUGUCACUGGCAUGGUUGGGUUGCCUGAUUCAGUGUCAAAAAUG